AAUGAAGGCUUAAAAAAUCGAUACUUUGUUAAUGAACAAGGCAUUUCCGAUGUGAAUGAUUGUUUAUUCAUACGUUCAUUACGCUCAGCCAACAAUUUUACCAUGAAAAUCAAACUAAUUUCUCGGCAAAUCUUCAGCAAAGUGAAGAAAUUAUAUCCAAAUMGUUUAAUUGGGCUUUUGGUUCUCCAGUUUUCUAAGAAAWAUGAUUUUUACGGGGUUUUUGUUCAACACGGAUUACGAUAUAAAUAUGAACAAGUUUGGCCGAGUAAUGGGAAUUUUACCAGGUGGCGAAAUCGUGUUUUGUAAUCGCUAAACUACAACAAUUUAUCAGUUGCCUCUUUCCGAGGAAGUCAUUUGGCGUUGCUUUCAGUUUGCGCCUACGUGAACCUCUUGCUACUCGCUAACCGAACACAUUAAAUCGUCAUUAACUUGCCUCGAGAGAAAUAUGAGAGAGCGUCGAGGGCUCUAAGGCGAAGGUAUACAUCUAUCUUGGCAGGAAAUUAACCUAAUAGCAGGCUCACUUGUUUGGCUUUUGUCUUAGACUCAUUAAAUUCGAAUUCGCUUUUGUCCCCUUAAACAUCUGCUUUCUUACUUCAGCUCAUAGCUUGAAAGGGAAUCUCGAAAACUUGUUGUGUAUUUGAAUACAUACAUUUUGUUUGGAUUAGUAAAACGGUUUUACACUGACAAACAUCYUCUGAGGUUGUUAGCCGAAGGACUUCAAGCUCAUCUUGUGGAAACAAACUUUCUUUAUUGAGAUAUUCUGCCAUCAUGGAGAAGGCAUAUCGACAUUCUAACCGAGUAUGUUCAGUAUGUGGCGAUCGCUCGUCUGGUUUUCACUAUGGAGUUCAAAGCUGCGAAGGCUGUAAAAGUUUUUUCAAAAGAACAGUUCAAAAYCAGCUUCAAUAUGCUUGCGUCGAGAAUAAGUCUUGUCAGAUUGACAAGAAUAACCGUAUUCGCUGUCAGUAUUGCCGUUUCCAGAAGUGUUUAGCGCUUGGGAUGCUCAAGGAGGCCGUGAGAGAAGACCGCGCUCCUGGWGGACGACCAAGAAUCAAGUCUCUCAUUAGUUUGAAAGAAAACGCCGACACUUUUGUAUCAUCUGAACUUAUUAUUCAGCUCAUACAAGCAAGACCUGAUGCUCUUCCAAAGCGAAGAUCCGAAUACCUUGAGAUGGGUCUGAAUGACUUAUGUCCUUUAAACCCUGUGGAAGCCAUUAUGGAGAUGACACUCCAAGAGGUUGACCUCAUCAUCAAGUGGGCCAUGGGAGUACCGGGAUUCUGUGAUGUWAAUAGAGAAGACCAAAUCAAUCUUCUUACAAACGGUAUCCUUGAAUUAUUGAUUUUACGUAUUUGUCAACGUUCAACUCCUCACCAAGGGUCUAUCUUGGUAGCGAAAGAUGUCCUUGUACGUCCUGAAACAACUUACAAUAUUCUACUGGAGCAGUGGGCAGCACAGUUAUCCUGCUUUGGUUACAAAUUACAGAGCUUGCAGCUUGAUAUGGCUGAAUUCGCAUGUGUCAAUGCAAUUAUGUUAUUUGAACAAGAACCAAGUUGUGGGCUACAUAACAGAGAACUUGUUGAAUUCGUUCUUAACCGAACACUUGAUGCUCUACGUGACUACAUCAAAUCUUCAUACCCAGAGAAACCAAGUCGUUUCGCUCAUAUUCUUCUAAAGCUGCCAACACUACGCGAUGUCGCUUCAAAGAUGGCUACUGAAUGUCUGUUUGCCCAGUCUUUAAUUCAUUUAGCAGUACCACAAAUCGUAGCAAGAAUGGUCGAUGUUGAGCAUGCGCAAUGAUCAGUAAAAACAGUCGAAAAUGGCCGUCACCAGAAGGUUACGUAGAGCCGGAUACGGAUYAAUUUCCCUAGUUCUUACAUCAUUCAGCAGUUUCACAAAUCAUUGUCAGCGGAAAUYUCCUUCUUGAGCAUGCGCUAUAGCAAUAUCAAUUUGCGACUAAUUUUUUGCUCAGUCCUCAAAAUCCUUAAAUCAUACCAGCAGAAAGAUCAUUGUUAAGCAUGCGCAAUAGUAUAACGACAAAAA